AUGGAUUCUCUUCCUGAACAAAUCGCCGAUUUCCGAUGGGAUACAACAGCAAGUCCACAUGGCAAUUUGCACAACCUGGGCCAACCGAAUGGGAAUGACCCGGGGAAUGCACACAUUGGCAGUCAUGACGCCGUUUUUGCCGCAUGCUCUCUUUAUGAAAGCAACAGUCAACGGCCAAAUGACCAGUCAAGUACUUAUCUGCACACACCCCAGUCAUUUCAUGGGAAUGGUCCUCUUAUGUCUAACCCACAGAGUUGGCAUACCACCAAAGAGAACACAUUUUAUGCAUCCUCAGCCAAUAGUGGAGCAUCCCAGAGUUUUGUUUCUUUUCCGCCAGACAACGCCAUGUUGACAAGCCCUAUGGACUGCUCAAACGCGUUUAUUCCUCAAGGAAAUUAUGGGAGCCUGAAUCAGUUGAGCCAAAGGGAGUGGGCCUUGUCCCAGCAACUGGAAGCACAUAAUGCGGACGACAUGCCAGCAAUUCCGCCCCAGAUCUCUGAGGACCUUUUGCCAUCGGAGCUCCACGAUGAUCUAGAAUGGGAUCUUGAUAUUUUCGAUGGGCGCUUCCUUAAUAUUCCCCAGUACCCACAGGUUGUGCUUGAACCUGAGGUGACGGGGACUGGAAAUCUUGGCGGUAGUAACCGCCAACCAUGCUCUGCUACAGAGCCAAUUUCCAUUAUUAAGCCUCCAAAAGCCUCGUUGCGGGUAGACCGCACUGGGCGUUCAUUUCCUUGUUCAUUUCCACAGUCAAGUUCAAUUUUAAGCACAUCUUUCCGGAGUAGUAAACUCCAUGCAAAUUCCCGUCGCAACCUUGGAGCUUCUAGAGGCCAUCUGAUUAGCCGCAAGCGGCCCAAUUUCUCAGUCUGGGAUUCGGUGUCUGGAAAGGAACUCGAGGUGCCCCCUCCAAGGAGACAGCGGACCAAACAGGAAAGAUGGAAGACAGCUUUGAUCCGCGAGCUGGGUGGUGCAUGUGCGGAUUGUAAAAAGAAUCAUCGUUCGUGUAAAAUCGAGCACCUUAUCCCACCUGGUGCGAAAUUGCCUGAACCCGAUCUAACUUCUGUCGAUGGGGAUAUGUCACCGAGUUUAGGUACAUCUUAUGGAACUGUGGGCAUGCUGGGAUCUUUCAUGGCGGGGGUUAACCUUAAUUCCGCCUUGGAAGAAAGCCACCCAUUUUCAGGUGAAGAUAUUACUGGGGCUGGUGGCCAAUUCACUGGCACUCCAUGGAGACCAGAUUUGAUGUCAGGAACCAAUAUGGAUGAACACUGGGGAGAUAAUCCAAAAUUUCAUUCUCAGGAGCUUUUGAAUCACCACGACUCUAUCCAAACUGCUGGCUUGACCCAGGAGCCCACUUAUGGUGGCAGGAACACACAAUUCCGCGAAGAUACCACGGUUUUUGACACUUUGUUUCAAUCUUUCCCUUGA